AUUAAGGCUGAGACAGCUAAAAAAAAAACCAACUGAAGAUACUUCAAAGGAACUAAACAAUUCUUUAAUGGAAAAUCAUACUAUAGAUACCAACAUGAUAGUAGAUCUACUAACCACCCUCUAUAAUGACUCCAAGGUUGCUGAAUCUUCUUUCAUCAGCAAUAAUGUCAAUGAAUUUCAAUUGGUGAUGUCAAAGAAAAAACACAAGG